GAAAUAGUUUUUUAAAACUUGCCGAUCAAAUGUAAUUUUUUGACAAAAACAGCUUAUUUUCCCUUGAAUUUUUCUAAAUUUCUCUAAAAAUAGCCGAUCAUUGAUCGUUGAUCGGCUGUUAUUUCGAGCGCUGUUACCUAAUAUUUUAUUUAAUUGAUUUUUUAGAUCAUUCGUAUGAGUGCAAAAGCAGAGUAUAUGCGAAAAUAUAGAAAAGUUGUUAAAGAUGCAAAUAAUUGCUUUAAAUGUGAACCUCCUGUGUUAUCAAAUUCUUCAACUAAUGCAGAAAAUUUAUUCGCUUUAUCUUCUAUUGCAAAUAAUAUAACUGAUAAUUUAUUUAAUAGUGAUACCUAUAGACUUGACAUUGACAUAGUACCACCUUACAGUAGUUCCGAUGAAGAAAAUUGUGAUAUAGAUGAUAUUGACAUCGACAUAGUACCACCUAAUAGCAGCUCAGACGAUGAACAUUAUUGUGAUAUAGAAGUUGUUGGCAAUAGAUCUUUUCAAUACGAUCUAGCUCAAUGGGUUGUUAAUGCAAAACUCACACGUUUAUCAUGUAAUGGUUUGCUAGCCUUGUUGAGAAAACAUGGGUGCGAGCUGCCUAAAGAUAGCCGUACUCUUUUACAAACACCUCAAGCUAUACAGGUUCAGGAAAAAUGUGGUGGAAAAUACAUUUAUUUUGGCCUUACCAAAUGUUUACAGAAUUCAAUAAAUCAAGGCACUUGCAGCAAUAUACUCAAUCUGCAAAUAAAUGUUGACGGUAUACCAUUGUUUAGAUCAUCGAAAAGACAAUUUUGGCUGAUUCUUUCUGCUGUUAAUCAUAGUUCACCCACAAUUGUUGCCUUAUAUCAAGGAGAUAGUAAGCCAAACUGUGUUAAAGAAUUCUUAAAGGAUUUUAUUGAUGAAUAUAAAUUUUUAAAAUGUAAUGGUGUCACUCAUAAUGGUAAAAAUUAUACAGUUAUUUUGCACUCAGUUAUUUGUGAUGCUCCAGCAAGAUCUUUUCUGAAAAAUAUUGUUGGUCACAAUAGCCUGCAUGCAUGUGAACGCUGUCUUGCUGUUGGUACAUCAACUAACAGGCGAACAACGUUUGUUUCUUCUGAUUGCUUCAAUGCUGAAAGGCGUACAGAUGACAGUUUUAAAAAUCUUGAAUUCCUUAGAAGUCAUCAACACGGAGCUUCGCCUUUCAAUGAAAUAACAGACCAAUGUAUCAGCAUUUUUCCACUUGACUAUAUGCAUUUGAUAUGCUUAGGUGUUGUACGUCGUAUACUUCAAACAUUGAAAAAAGGUAAUAGAAAAGUGAAAUUAAGCAACAACAACAUAUUGCAAGUUUCUGAAAACCUUUUCGAUUUACGAAAAUGCAUACCAAGUGAGUUUGUUAGACGCCCUAGAUCUUUGUUGGACCUUGAUAGAUGGAAGGCCACUGAAUUCCGGCAAUUCUUAUUAUACACAGGGCCUAUUGUCUUAAAGAGAAUUUUGAAUUCUGAGCUUUACAAACAUUUUUUAACACUUUCUGUUGGUGCAUCAAUUCUACUCACACCAUCAAAUGACAAAAGAAAUAACAUGUUGAACUAUGCAAAAGAUUUGCUUAGACAUUUUGUUGAGAAUUCUCAAAAAUUAUAUGGUAAUGAUUUUGUUGUAUACAAUAUUCAUCAUUUGCUGCAUAUAGGAGAUGAUGUAGAGUUUUUUGGUUUACCACUUGAUGAGAUCAGUGCUUUUCCUUUUGAAAAUUAUCUGCAAACAUUAAAAAGAUAUGUAAGAGGCUCUUCAAAUCCUGCUGUACAAGUAGCAAAAAGAAUUCAAGAAUAUGAAAAUGCCCAUAAAUACUCUGAAAUUACAAAUGCAACAACACCGGUCUUUAAAUUGUCAACAACAUAUAGAGAUUCAUUUGCACAACUAAAAAAUGGACAAUUUGUGGAGUAAAAUGUCAUAUCACCGGGCUGUUUGGUUGGAAGAAAAUCGUGAGGAAGAAGGAGUCUUGCCAUCCGCAUGGGUGCGGGGAAAAGUAGUUAUGUGGCCCCCAUCCAAAAUGAAUGCGUUUAAAUUAAUGAAAGAAGGAGUAGAACCUAAUGAAAAUUGGCGACUUUUUAAACUAAUAAAAAUAAAAAUUACUUCAGAUUGCUACGAGGAUUGUAAUAAUUAUGAUUUAACUACAGAAACUGAAGAAGAUAAUCAGCAAGUUU